AUGCCUGGAAUUCAAGAAGAGCAAUACCAAUAUUUACAAGAACUUUCCAACAAAAUCACAGAUGAACUUCAUGAAAUAUUAUUAAAAGUAUAUUAUGAGAUGAUAGAGGAAGUGGAAGUUAAUAAUGAAUCGAAAGAAAAACCAAUUGAUGAUGAAGAGGAAAUAUUAUGGAUAACUACUCAUUCAGAAAUAAAUUGGGAAGAGAUAAGAGUGACAUGGAAUGAAGAUUUUGAAGAAUUUUUAAAACAGCAUAUAUGUCAAAAAUGUGGAGUAUCAGCACAAGUAAAUAAUUUAGAAAAUUGGGAAAAUAAUGGAAUGAAAUGUCAAUAUUGUAUAAUGAAUAUUGAAGCUGAAAGAAUAACUGACAUUUAUGAAGAAGCAAAUAUGAAAUAUGAAAGAUGUAUUAAAUGUAAUAGAAAAUCAAUGUGUUAUGAUAAAAUAUGUAAAGGAUGUGACUCUUAUAAUAUUGGAAAAUGUGAAUAUUGCUAUAAAGAACAGGUGAAGGUAAUUAAAACCUGGGAACUAUUUCAUAAAUGGAAUAGUACAUGUAGUAUUAUGAAAGGAAGAUGCAAUAUUAAUGAUAAACAUCAUGUGAUUAUGAAAGGAAGAUGCAAUAUUAAUGAAAAACAUCAUGCACAUGAUUUAUGUAGAGAAUGUGAAUAUAGGUACCAGAUACAACAACAAAAACAAGUUAUAGAAAAAAAGAAAUAG